AUGUCAUAUCCCUUUGGUAACCAAUAUUCAGCAGGGAUGCCCAAUGCCAAAUACAAAACGACACUUUGUAGACAUUAUUAGGGUAUUAUCAUUUUGAUUUUUAGCUACAAGAUAAUGCGCCAUAGGAGCUAAAUGCCAAUUUGCUCAUGGACAAGAGGAAAUGAGAUCCAUAAAUGGUAUAUUUGCAUUUCUUAGUUUGUAAGAUCCCAUUCCUUCAGCUCUAAUCACAGUGUUAGCAGUCCCUCCACAAUAUUAGGAAAUUAUGAAGCCAAUGAUGGCUUAAUAACCUGCUUUUAAAAGUAUGAAAUAGCUUUGAGGUUAGUUCCUUGCAAAUAUCAUGCUUAAAAUUAUUGCAAAAAUGGAUAAAACUGCUAAUAUUCUCAUGGUACUGAAUUUUAAAUAUCAUGAAGAUGUCGAUAUUUAACAGCCCAUGAUUCCAAAUAUGAUAAACCCAUAUCAACCAUAAUACUCUUAGGUUGAUAUGAGAUAAGAAAUUAAGCAAGAAGAUCCAAUGACUACUGUAUUUAUCAUUAUAUUAUAAACCAUGGAAUAAAUAUUUUCGAAAGAUGUUAAUUAUUAUAAAAUAUUUAAGGAUAUCAUAUAAAAAUUAAAAAUUGCAUAAGAUCAAGUAAAAUGUGGCAAUUUGGCGGUUGGUUCAGAAUGCAUUAAAGCCAUAAUGACAGAUCCAGAAAGAACAGAUGAUGAGAUAGAAUAGUAUACUACUAUAUAUCAUAAUGCAUGUUAUUAUUAUAAUCAAUUGUAAUAAGGUUGA